AUGACUCCACAGAGGAUCCUGCCGGGAUCCCGAGUCUCGACUAGGGAUGAUGUCAUUGAUCGUUUAAAAUAUUUACAAGAUAUCUCAUUGACUCGUGAAGAAAUGAAUAAUGUAACACGUGCUAUAAGACAACAGGGAAGAAUAUCAUUUAGCGAUUUAUCAAAAAUCAGUAAUGAAUUAAUUAAUUUUGAUGGCAAAAGAACUAUUGAUGACAGUUUACUUCAGAAUGAUAAGUGUAUUGACGAUGAUCUAUGGUAUCGAAAAUAUGUUGAAUUAAACACGAAAACAAAAAUAUUAAUAUUUCAUAGCACAGAAUACUGUGUUCGUGCAUCGAAAAGUCCGGAUGCAUCUGAUUUAUCUUCAACAGUAAAUACGAAUGAAAACAUACAUAUUACCAAUGUUCAUAUUGAUUGCUCAUCAUCACCCUCUUCAACAUCUACAAAUUCAGUUCAACAACAUCUGUGCAAUCGACCAUGUCUCAUGUUACCAUCAUUAUCAGAAUACUCAACAGCUUCAUUCAAUUCAUUAAUACAAACUCAACAAAGCACAGCCACAUUAACACCAAUGAACAGUUAUUAUCAAACAUCGAAAGAUUCUUCGCCUGAUCAUCUAUCAUCUAUUGGCACAUUAUCGACAGAAAUUUCGUCAUCAUCAAAAUAUGUUCCGUCAUCUACAUCUGUAGUUCAAACACCGACAACUACAAAUCGUCAAACAAAAACAAAAUUAUCCUAUUUAUUUGGCCGAACAAAACCAAAAGAGAUUCUAACGCCAAAUGGUGGUCAUCCAUCGGAAUCAUUAAAACGAACAAAAAGUGUAACAAAACUUGAAAGACAAAAACGAUAUUUAAGUGGAGCAAAAAUUCUUAAUUCACCAACAUCAUAUUUGCCAAUAACAAAUCGUUCACGUUCACAUGAAUCGUUGUUUGCAUCAUCGUCAUCUUCUCAUCAAAUAAUGUUAAAAGAUUGUCAUAUUCGAACUCUUCAUCCAUCUGUUUUGGACAAUAAUUUUUGUUUACAAAUAACAACACCACAAAGUAAACAAUAUCUAAAAUGUAAAACUCAAGCUGAUUGUCAAAAAUGGAUACACGCUCUACGAGAGACAUGCGAUCCAAAUCUGAAUACAACACAACGAACAGAUAAUUCAUUAGAUAUAUGGAUAUUAGAAGCAAAGGGACUACCAUCAAAACGAAAAUACUAUUGUAAAAUAUUUCUUGAUGAUGAUAUUUAUGGAAAAACAACAGCGAAAGAACGACGAGAUAUUCUAUUUUGGGGCGAAAGUUUUACAUUCAAAGAUUUACCAGAAGGUUGUACAGUUUUACGUUGUAAAAUUUGUCGAGAAUUAGAAAGGCGAAAAAAACGAGAUAAUGAAAUUGGUUACGUUGAUAUUCCGUUGGCAACAAUAACUGGAAAUCAAUUUGUUGAACAAUGGUAUCCUGUUUAUACAAUAUCGUCAAAUUCAAAAGAAAAAACACGUGAUACUACGUUUAAUAUUCGAAUUAAAGCCAAAUAUCAAGCGAUCGAUAUUUUACCGUUAGAUAAAUAUCAACAAUUACAACAAUAUAUUGAACGUGACUAUCUUCGGUUGAUUCGUAUAUUAGAACCGCAUAUAUCAUUACGUGAUAAAGAUGAAUUAGGUAUGAAUUAUUAUCUUUAUUCCAUAAUUGUUAAUCUUUUCUUGUUUUUCUUUUUUAAAGCAACAUCGCUAACUCGUAUAGCUCAAUAUUUAUCAUUUUCAACAUCUUUUCUUGUUGAUAUUGUUAAAGCAGAAAUUCAAAGUACACCUGAUUUGACAUUAACAUUUCGUGGUAAUUCAAUUGCAACAAAAGCAAUGGAAGCCUAUAUGAAAUUAAUUGGUGAAACAUAUCUAAAAGAUACUUUAACUAAAUUUGUUAUUGAUAUUGUUAUUAAUAAUUCAACGGAACACGAACUCGAAGUUGAUCCUGGACGAGUAUCAAAUACACAACAUUUAGAAAGAAAUCAAAUUGGUUUGAGAACAUUAUGUGAAAAAGUAUGGUUAGGAAUUCAACAAUCACAUACAACAUUUCCAAAUGAAUUAAAACGUAUAUUUUGGGCGUUACGUCAAUGGCAUUACAGUCAAUCAUCUUCAGAUGAAACAAUGUUUAAUUUAAUUAGUGGAUCAGUAUUUUUGAGAUUUUUAUGUCCUGCCAUAUUAUCUCCAAAUUUAUUUGGUCUUACACAAGAAUAUCCAAGUGAAAAAUCAUCGAGAAAAUUAACAUUGAUUGCAAAAACUCUGCAAACAUUAGCAAAUUUUUCACGAUUUGGAAAUAAAGAAUCUUAUAUGAAGUUUAUGAAUGAUUUUGUUGGCAAAGAAUCUGACAAUAUGAGACGAUUUUUGGCUAAUAUAUCGACAGUUAAUCAUGACUAUGAAACAUAUCGUUAUUUACAGCAGCGAGAAAAAAAUGAAUUGAAUAAAUGUGACAUUGAUCUAGGACGUGAAUAUUCUAUUCUACAUGGAACAUUGGCUGAAUUAUUUAAGCAAAUUGAUUCUCAAAUUCGAGAUAAUUUAUUAGAAUUAAAUGAUAUCCUAAAUGAAAUAUCAGAUACGAAAAUGUUGUAUUUGAACACAAAAGGCACUCCACUUUCAAAUGUGCAUUAUCAUCACCAUCACCAUCAUCAUAUCUACCUUAAUUCUCCUUCGCCGUCAAUUACUCCAUACACUAAAUCCUAUUAUACACCUGAUCAUAGUCCAACUUUAUCUAGUACUACAUGUUACUCACCGAUAAUAAAAGAUCAUUCUAUAAUGGCACAAUCAAAACAAGCGUCUGUACCGUAUUCACUAUGUAAUCAUCAAAAUCAAUCAUUAAUGGACAGUAAUAAUCGUCUAACUGCUGAUUAUUCAACAAUUUCUUCAUCUUCGUCUCAUUCGACGUCAUCAUCCACAAAUUGGAAUACAGAAAAUCAAAAACAUUCAAUACAUUUUCAUCAUCAUCAUCAUUCACCAAAUGUAACAGCGGAAAAACCACUUAACAAUCUGCCACUUAAACAGCCUUGCAUUCAGUUAAACAGUGACGGCUAUGAAGAAUCAAUAUCAUCAUCUCAUCGUUCUGUAUAUGGCAGUCAAAUUUCUCUUAGUCAAUUAUCAUCGUCUCUCGCCCCCACAUCUGGCUAUCAUUCUUAUUCAAAUUCACAAUCAAAUUCACCUAUUGAUGCAGGCAGUACAAAUAUUAAUCAAAACAAAGAAAAUGUAAUUAAUGGAUCAAUUGGAGUUAAUAAUAAGCAACAGUUACAGCAGCAGCAGCCUUUUCCUCUAGCAUUCAAAAAUCCUGUGUUCAAAUUUAGUUCAUGUAAUCAUCGUUUAAAAAAGCCUACAAUUAUUUGUUCAGAAAAGCAACUUAUUGAUUUCAAUCUGAAUCAAGAACAAAAUGAGAGUGAAGAUAGUAAUAAUAUAUCAGAUAUUGAUGAAAAUGACGACGAACAAAGACAACAAGAAAAUAUACAGUAUUCAAACAAUGAACAGUCAUUGGAACAGAAUUUAAUUAAUAAUUCACCCAUCCAUCAUAGUUCACAAUCUCAUUCUACAAAAGCAUUAUAUUUUGUCAAUAGCUUAUGUCCAACAAAUUUGAAACAAACUACUGUUCAAAAUCCGUUUCUAUUAAUAAAUCAAUCACCAUCUCAAACAUCAUUAUCGUCAUUACAAUGUUUUUCAUCUCGACAACCGUUAAGUGGAAGUUGUCAUUCAUUGAAUGUUGAUACAUCAUCAAAUACUAUUCAACAGCCAUUAUUAUUCGUUAAUAAUAGUUUUUCACCAUCUACUAUUAUUAAUCGCAGUACACAAAGUUUAAAUCAUCCAACAUCAUCUAUUUCUGUCACACCUGCUUAUAACUGUCAAUAUUUUAUUCAACAAGAUGAGCAGAUAGAACCAAUUAGAGCAUCAACAACAAAUGAUACCAAUAGACGACAAUCAUUACAACCACCAAAAAUGGGUUUAAAAGCGCUAAACCAUUUAGUUAAUAAGGAAUUACCUCGUUCUCAAAUGUUAAAUUUAUAUCAAGAAGAAAAAUAUCGUCGACAAGAAAGUGAAAAACAACAAGAAAGACUACAAAAUGAGUUAGUUCAAUUUCGGCAACAAAUUCAUCAUCUUCAACAUUUAAUGUAUCUAAUUGAUGAAAAUGUUACUAUUGAUGGUUCACUGUCUGAUGGAAAUGAUUCUUUUUCGUCUUCUUCAUCAUCAUUAUCAUAUGACGCUGAUGUAACAAAUAUUGACGAUAUCGAAGAUGAUUCUAAACCAAAUUAUUAUUUAGAAAAAAAUUAUUGUUUAAAUGAUAUUGAACAAACAGAGAUGAUGAACAAAUGUUUCUUCUUAUAUCGAAGAGAAGAUAAUAUCAAUGAUGAUGAAGCUUAA